AUGAAGGCGCCGCCCGCGCCAUCGGGUGCAAAACCCCGAUAUGCGCCAUCCGAUAUGGCCGUGCCGGGCUCAACCGGACGAAAGCGCCCCGUCCGAGGAUCGAAGCCGGGCGACACCACCCAUUCGUUCCGAUCAGGAUACCGCCAUCGUCGAGGGCAGCAGCGCCCGGACAUAAUUGUCAGGCAGGCUCCACGAUCGGUCGAUACCUGCCCGAACGCCGCACACGCUGGCCGUCAUAACGGGUCAGGCCGCCGCGCGUCCCGAUCCACGCAUCGUCCGUCCUUCGCCCGCACAAUGGCGGUGGUGGUGAUAUGCGGAAGCCCGGUGGCAUCGCCGGGGGAGAACUCGUUUCGCGCUUGCCCGUGGCAAGGCGACUGUCGUCAGAACAAGGCGGCCGCCCACCGAAUCUCAAUAGCGUCAUGCCGUCAUCCCGACAUCGCCCUAGCUUUGAGAUCGGUAAACCAGGUUAAUCACAAGCCCUCAGCUAGCCGUCCUCAAAACGGAGCAAUCGGGCCUGCCCUGUCCGAUGGGGCCGCGGGCAGACUGUUUUCUUUUGUUCCAUUCUUUGCUCGCGCGGAGCAGGUUUGCGCGCUAAUAUCGGGGGAUCAAGCGACGCUGUCCCAGCUCCCCGAUUGGUUGGACAACCCCCAUUGA